CCGUUUUUACAUAGUCUCUGUGGUUCACCAGCUCUUCAUCUUCCUCCUCCUCCCCCCCAUCCCAUUCCAUUCUUUCUCGUGACGGCGUUGUUCACCCUGCUUCCGAGUUCGUGUUCGCUGUAAGAGCUGCCGUUGCUGACAGGUUUUACGGCUCGUGCUUUCCGCUAUGGCUGGUAAGGGCGAGGGUCCUGCCAUCGGCAUCGACCUUGGUACUACUUACAGUUGCGUCGGAGUGUGGCAACAUGAUCGUGUCGAGAUCAUUGCCAACGACCAGGGUAACAGAACCACCCCGAGCUAUGUGGCUUUCACUGACUCUGAGCGUCUCAUCGGUGAUGCUGCUAAGAAUCAGGUGGCCAUGAACCCCAUCAACACUGUAUUCGAUGCUAAGAGGUUAAUUGGAAGGCGUUUUAGUGACGCUUCUGUCCAGAGUGAUAUGAAGUUGUGGCCAUUCAAGAUCACCCCCGGGCCGGGAGAGAAGCCCAUGAUCAGUGUGCAAUACAAGGGUGAGGAGAAGACUUUCGCCGCCGAGGAGAUAUCUUCCAUGGUGCUUAUCAAAAUGAAGGAGAUUGCUGAGGCAUAUCUCGGGUCCACGGUAAAGAACGCUGUGGUGACUGUUCCAGCUUACUUCAAUGAUUCUCAGAGGCAGGCGACAAAGGAUGCAGGAGUCAUCGCUGGUUUGAAUGUGCUGCGUAUUAUAAACGAGCCAACUGCUGCUGCUAUCGCGUAUGGCUUGGACAAGAAGGCGACUUCUGUGGGCGAGAAGAACGUGUUGAUUUUCGACUUAGGGGGAGGUACCUUUGAUGUAUCUUUGUUGACCAUUGAGGAGGGUAUCUUCGAGGUGAAGGCCACCGCUGGAGAUACUCACUUAGGAGGAGAGGAUUUCGACAACAGAAUGGUGAACCACUUCGUGCAGGAGUUUAAGCGCAAGUACAAGAAGGACAUUGGUAGCAAUCCUCGUGCGCUGAGAAGGCUGAGGACUGCUGCCGAGAGGGCGAAGAGGACCCUCUCAUCGACUGCACAAACCACAAUUGAAAUCGAUUCGUUGUACGAGGGUGUUGACUUUUACUCUACCAUAACUCGUGCUAGAUUCGAGGAGUUAAACAUGGAUAUGUUUAGGAAGUGUAUGGAGCCAGUGGAGAAGUGUCUAAGGGACGCUAAGAUGGACAAGUCAUCCAUCCACGAUGUCGUGUUGGUCGGUGGAUCCACUCGCAUUCCUAAGGUGCAGCAGUUGCUCCAGGAUUUCUUCAACGGCAAGGAGCUGUGCAAGUCCAUCAAUCCUGAUGAGGCUGUUGCUUACGGUGCCGCUGUCCAGGCUGCCAUCUUGUCCGGAGAAGGUAAUGAGAAGGUGCAGGACCUUCUGCUAUUGGAUGUUACUCCCUUGUCUUUAGGACUUGAGACCGCAGGAGGAGUAAUGACAGUGCUAAUUGCAAGAAACACAACCAUCCCCACCAAGAAGGAACAGGUAUUUUCAACAUAUUCGGACAACCAACCGGGAGUGUUGAUCCAGGUGUACGAGGGUGAGAGAGCCAGGACCAGGGACAACAACUUGCUCGGAAAGUUCGAGCUCUCUGGCAUUCCCCCUGCCCCUCGCGGUGUACCGCAGAUUACUGUGUGUUUCGACAUCGACGCCAACGGUAUCUUGAACGUAUCUGCUGAAGACAAGACCACUGGACAGAAAAAUAAGAUAACAAUCACUAACGACAAGGGCCGCCUGUCCAAGGACGAGAUCGAAAAGAUGGUGCAGGAGGCUGAGAAGUACAAAUCCGAGGAUGAGGAUCAUAAGAAAAAGAUUGAUUCGAAGAAUGGGCUUGAAAACUAUGCUUAUAACAUGAGGAACACCAUCAAGGACGAAAAGAUUGCAAAUAACUUGGACGCUGCCGACAAGAAGAAAAUUGAGGACGCUGUCGAUGCUGCUAUUCAUUGGUUGGACCAGAACCAAUUAGCGGAGAGCGACGAGUUCGACGAUAAGUUGAAGGAAUUGGAGGGGAUUUGCAACCCCAUUAUUGCGAGGAUGUACCAAGGAGGUGCAGGAGGUGAGCGGCCUGUACCACCGUACGGAGGAAGUGAUUCUCCUCCAUCCGGUGCUGGCCCCAAGAUCGAGGAGGUCGACUAAAUCGACACCAAGCGUUCCGAUGCGGUCCUUGGACACAGGAGAUUACAGGCGUCAAGCACCCAGUUCUUUACAGCUAUUUGAGGGUCUGUCCCAUUUUUGAGAGGUGAUGACCUACGAGAUCAUUUUUCGUCAGGAUUAUUUUGUCCUGAAUAUUAUAGGGUAAAUAUUCUUAUAGUUUCUUUAACUAACAACCAUAACAAGCUGCCAGUCAUAUGUCACGAGAGCAGCAAGCUGUAACCAUCAGACUGAUUGUUGGUCGUCCUUUCUGUGAUCAAUCUAUGGGCUGUGAUGUGUGGACAUAUUCUUAGUUUACAAAUGAGACAUACUUGCAGAAAUAUCUUAUAAAAAAUUUACUCAUUUCAUUACAAUUGAAACAUGUGGUUCUACCUAAGAUUUGUACAAUCAAUGGAAAAACCAAGAAUUUUGUAAUCUUUUCAGUCUGUUUACAAUUGACAGAUAUGAAUUCUACGGA